CUGAAAAUACACCAGAGGGUUCAUAGCGGAGAGAAGCCGCACCGCUGCCCGCCGUGUGGACGGAGCUUCAUCACGUCCAGCGCUCUGCUGUCGCACGGGAGAAACUGUCACCAGAAGUUAUCGUAGUGAGCAGGAGUCAGGAGAGAAACUGAGACGUCAUCAUGCAAAAUCACUGGAACAUCUACAUGCUGGAGAGCAGCAGCGAUCUGACAUUCAGUGUUAACUCUGUGCAGUAGUGCUUGUCAGACAAUAAGUCUGUGAUUUCUCCAUGCACAUCCUCAACAAAUUCAUUAUAUCAGUCUCAGUUUGUGAGAGUGAAUUGAAAAGACGAGCAGUGAGAACAUGAGGAGAUCAGAAGAGUGCUGGAAAUCUAACAAAUACAGCUCUGAUGAAAAUAUGAAAUGAGAAUUUUUGCGAUACACAAACGGUGUAUUCUGCAUUAAUUGGUUUGGUCACAACACUUCUCCAGAUCUUUACAUUAUGUUUGCGGUGAGAGUGGUAGGGAACACAUUAUAGGCCUAAACCCACAGCUCAGUAGUGACUAACAAAGUAAACUAACAAUGAAAUUAAUUGUUCUAUCUAUUAGAUUGUGUUUUAUUAACGUCUACACCUACACCAACCCUAAACUUAGCCCUUACUAUAAUAGAAAAACAGUAUUAUUGUUGUACAGUGUGACAAAAAUAACGUUGGAUCGAUGUGCGCAUGCCCAGUAUCCAGAGCUGUGUCCCUUCUAGCCUUAACCCUUUACAGACUCACACCUGUUUUACACACGUCACUCAAACACAGAACCAGGAAACAGAAAUCACAUGAGUUCAGGUAAAGAGAAACUGUUGUGUGUUUGUGUCUCUGUAUUCAUGCAGUAAAAUGGCAGAAGCCAAAAUUUCAGUCGAUGAAUUCACGUGUCCAGUGUGUCUGGAUCUCCUGAAGGAUCCAGUGGUCAUUCCCUGUGGACACAGUUACUGUAAGAGCUGUAUUACAGACUGCUGGGAUCAGGAGGAUCAGAUGAGAGUCUACAGCUGCCCUCAGUGCAGACAGACCUUCAGUCCAAGACCUGCUUUAGCUAGAAACACCAUCUUGGCUGAAGUGGUGGAGAAACUGAAGAAGACCAAACUUCAAAGUGCGGUUCCUGCUGGAGCUGGAGAUGUGCAGUGUGACGUCUGUACUGGAAGAAAAUACAAAGCCGUCAAGUCCUGUCUGGUGUGUCUGAACUCUUACUGUCAAACUCAUUUUGAGCGUCAUGAGGAGUUUCAUUCAUGUAAGCCACACAAAGUGACUGAUGCCACUGGACGACUGUAGGAGAUGGUCUGUCGAUGAUAAGACCCUUCUUCCUCGGCUGGGAUCAUUUACAACCACAUUUAGGAUCGUUUGAAGCUGCAUUUAAACUGUAUUUUGCAAGUUCAAAAUCAGAGCACCAUAGCAGUCCAUUAUAUGGAGAAAAAUGCUGAAAUGUUUUCCUCAAAAACCAUAAUUUCUUUAUGACUGAAGACAUGAACAUCUUGGAUGACAAGGGGUUGAGUACAUUAUAUGUGAACCGUUGUUUUGAACGUGGACUUCUCCUUUAACUGAUAAGCGUCCUGUUGUGUGUGAUAAAUACGUAUUAAAGCCAAACGUGCCGAAAGUGAAAUGAAAUAGCACUUCUUGUUUGAAACCAAGCGUCCUAACCAACCGUUUAUCAGCUCAUCUCAAAAGAAAAGAGUGCGCAGUGUGAGCUACAGCGAAUGUACACAGCGCUGUGAGAUCUACUGAUCGCGUUCAAGUUCAGCACAGAGUUUUCCAGUACACAGGCCCGGCUCCAGAAAUGAGAUGAAGGGUGGACCAAGUGAUAUUCGAGAUGGGCCCGGGUUGGGGUGGGGGGUUUGUGUAGUGGUAAAUACAUACAUUAUUUUAAUACACAGUGUGUUAAAAGCACAUUUUAGUUUAUAGGGCCUAUUAAUAGUGUCUCAAAAUAGCACAACUGAGAACACUAUAGAUGUUCUUAAGAUUAUCUUACUAAAGAAUAAUUCUUAGUAUAUUAAGUACAAAAUUAGUAUGUGAAAAUAGAGCACUAAACAAUAUGGAACUGCACUUUUUUUUUUUUUUUCACCUGGGAUAGUGUCAGACCCUUUGGACUGUUUUGUGUUUUUUUUUUUCCUGUGUUGCCCUUAUUUGGUCUUCCUGUUCCAUUUCUCAUUUAUUACGUCACUGUUUGAUUGUUCACCUGUCUCCCCCUGAUUGGUUGUUUCCUUGUAUAUAAGUUUGGUUGUGUUCCUGUUUAGAUCGUCGGUUCUUAUAUUGUCAUUUUGCGUAUGGUUCUCUGUCGAGUUACGUUGUGUUUGCUGGUUCCCUGCUGUUUCUUGUUUGUUCCUGUUUCCCUGUGGAUUAUACUAAUAAACUCGGUGUUUUGCACCUCCUCGCUCCUCCGGCUCAUUCCCUGCACACAACACCGUGACAGGUAGUUGGUGUUACACAGUUGUUUUUUUUUUUGUUUUUUUUUAACCUUUAUUUAUAUAGCACUUUUAGUAAUACAGAUUGUGACACGCUGAAGUGCAUUUUACAAACUCAAAUAUUGCCACAUCUAGAAAUGACAAGUUAUUUCUUUAUAACUAUACAGAGAGAGUUAUGGUUAAGUUUAGAGGUAGUGUAAAGC